GUAAAAAAAUCGUAAAGUUUCAUUUCCCUAACAAAAAGUAGGCGAAUUCGCUUUUUACGCGGGCAAACGCUAGACGAGAUGGCGACGUCGGAGAAACGAGCAUUCGGCGAAGCAGAUUCCGGGGAUGCUGGAGUCGGCUCUCCACAGAAGAAGAAAUCGAAUAUAGAUGACAGCUCUACUUCGGUAAAAGACAAACCACAACAUGAUUAUGAUUCCGAUGAUUCUUAUGAUUCCGAUGAUUAUUUUCGCUUUGUAGAUCAGAAGAGAGAUAGUGAUGGCUUUGAUGUAGAUUCCACUCCUCAUGGGGUAAUGUGUGCAUUUUGUAUCUACAAUGACCCCAGCGAGUUGGAAGAUCAUCUACGUCAAGAAUGUGAUGAUUUUGCUAAGAAGGCAGUCGAGUUUCACAACCUUAACAAACCUCAGGAGGUCAGCCUUUAACAGUUAUCAAGUUCUUCAUGACUCAGAGAAUGUUUUGUUAUGUGCUUUUUUGACCUACUGUUACUGUGGUGUCUCAGCGGAAUCUUUUUGAAGGAGAUGGGUCCUUAGUAAUUAAUUUGGAUAUAUUUAAAGAAAAAACUGGGUAGUUAGUAGUUAUAUAUGGAGAUGUUGUGGAAGUUGUUAAUAUGUUCAUAUUUUUGGCUUAUCACUGCACACAAUUAUUAAGCUAACUCCAAUUAUCAUAGCUGUGUUUUUUAAAUUUU